UGUGCAUUCGCUGCAGAAGGUAAAACGCGGUGAACAAGUAGUCCACUGGAGACAUGAAUAAAAUUACACGUAUCUGGAGGCAGUGCUUCCACGAGUUUCACAUUAGUUACGAUUAUUUUUGGCUGGCGGAUGCCCUCUGUUUAAUAUCUGAACAACGACCACCCCUAACAAAACGUGCCUCAAUUCGGUUUUUGUGGACGACUCUGAGCAUACUGCACGCCUUCCAGUACGGCUGUUUUGUCAUCCAGUUGAUCCACUGCCUCAAGCAGUCGCCAGUCAACAAGCAUCAAUUCGCGGCAAUCGUAAACCUAAUGAUCCCACUGGCAGUUGCCGUUGUUCGAGGGAUGUGCCUCGCCAACCAACGGGAGUCGGUGCUGAAACUGAAACGCUACAUAAAUUCGAAAAUCUGUCAACGGGACGACGUCCGCUCGUUCGAACUACGUAAGCAACAGUAUCGGAAGAUCAACCGGAACUUGGCAGCGUUCCAUUGUGUGACUACGGCGAACAGUGUCGUUUGGGCACUAACCGCAGGAUUGCAUGGAGACGAAGUUUUUAAGGUUCCAUUCCAGUUGACGAAAGAAUUUGAAAGUUUGCAGAACGUGAUUGACGUUGGCUACGCAGUUCUGCUAAUUCCCUGGUGUUUUACGCUGUGGUACAGCCCGACACAGUUCGUACCAAUUUUGAGUUUCUUCAACACCGAGCUUCGGAUAAUCGUGGCUCAAUUUGAUGGUCUGUUCGAGAAUGUUAAGGUGAACUACACAUUGGAGCUAAAUGAUCGAACUGAAAUGACAAUGGCGCAACGGACACGUUUCUGGGCUGAACUGGAUGUUGCAUUCAAAGACGCCAUUUCGCAUCAUUCGUCCUAUAUCAGUCACUUCGAGCUGCUCAGGAAAAUAUCCAGACUGAACUUCUUCGUUUUUCUAUGUUCAAGUGCCGCUAUCAUAACUUUCAACAUUUUCCCGAUUAUUGUGAAUCCAUCGUUGGAGCAUUUACCGUUGCUGUUGUUAGCCUUGCAAUACGCAUGCGAAUCCUACUUGUGCUGUUCGAUGUUUAGUAGCUUGGAAAGCGAGAAUCGUCGAAUUGCGAAGUACGUCUACGGGAUCGAUUGGCUCUGUGAGGAACGAUACGAUGCAGCUAAUGAAUUGGAUCGAAUUCAUCGAAAAUCUAUCAAACAGAAUGCCCUAAUUCUACACCAGAGAGUCAACAAAGCGUUGGCCGUCAAAGCCGGUGACAUGUUUCCCCUUACGCUGGAAACGUUCAGCCAUAUGAUGAAAUCCGUCUACUCGCUGCUGACGUUGCUGCUCCAGUCGAUGGAUUAG